CAUAAUGGCUUCUUUACUCAGGACAAGGUUGUCCCAAUUCUCCCUUUUCUUUACUAUCUUCUUCUUUUUCAUUUCUUGCAGUUCUAGUACAUUUGCUAGCAGUUCUGAUGAAGAGGCUAAUCUGAAGCUUCUUCAGUCUCAGUGUUUGGCGGUUCCUUCCUCGGCUUUUAUCAGUUCACUCAAGUCCACCAUUGAUGUACUUCGAGGGACUAUGUCAGUUGUGUCCCAGUUCACUAAAGUGUUCAAUGAUUUUCGGCUUUCUAAUGCCAUUUCAGAUUGCCUUGAGUUGCUGGAUUUUGCAGCUGAUGAUCUGAGCUGGUCCCUUUCUGCCAUUCAGAAUCCUAAAGGUAAAGAUAACGGUACCGGCGAUCUGGGGUCGGAUUUGAAGACAUGGUUGAGCUCUACUUUCACUAAUCAGGACACAUGCAUAGAGGGAUUUGUUGGUACCAAUGGAAUUGUCAAGACAGUGGUAGCUGAAAGCCUGAGCCAAGUAGCUUCAUUAGUCCACAGCCUUCUUACUAUGGUCCAUGAUCCAGCUCCCAAAGGCAAAUCCAAUGGCGGUGGUGGCGGUGUGAAGCACGUGGGCAGCGGUGAUUUUCCAUCAUGGGUUGGCAAACACAGCAGGAAGCUCCUUCAGGCCUCAUCAGUGUCACCAGAUGUUACAGUAGCUGCAGAUGGAACUGGGAAUUAUACUACUGUGAUGGAUGCAGUCCAAGCAGCCCCUGAUUACAGCCAGAACCACUAUGUAAUCUACAUCAAGCAAGGCAUUUAUAGGGAGAAUGUGGAGAUCAAGAAGAAGAAAUGGAACCUGAUGAUGGUCGGAGAUGGGAUGGGCGCUACUGUCAUUACUGGAAACCGGAGCUACAUCGAUGGCUGGACUACAUAUGCAUCUGCAACCUUUGCUGUUAAGGGCAAAGGAUUUAUUGCAAGAGACAUGACAUUUGAGAACACGGCAGGACCAGAGAAGCACCAAGCGGUAGCAUUGAGGUCCGAUUCAGACCUUUCGGUCUACUACAGAUGCAGCAUGAGGGGAUACCAGGACACACUGUAUCCCCACACGAAUCGUCAAUUCUACAGAGAGUGUAGAAUCAGUGGCACCGUCGAUUUCAUAUUCGGUGAUGCCACGGUGGUCUUCCAAAACUGCCAAAUCCUGGUGAAGAAGGGCUUACCAAAUCAAAAGAACACCAUCACCGCCCAAGGCCGCAAAGACCCUGCUCAGCCCACGGGCUUCUCAAUACAAUUCUCCAACAUAUCAGCAGAUUCUGAUCUUCUGGCUUCAGUGAACUCCACACUCUCGUACCUUGGUAGGCCAUGGAAGCAAUAUUCGCGUACCAUCAUCAUGAAAUCCUACAUCAGUGAUGCCAUUAGGCCAGAAGGAUGGCUAGAGUGGAAUGGGGAUUUUGCUCUGGAUACACUCUACUAUGGUGAAUAUAUGAACUAUGGACCCAGUGCAGGCCUAGGCAGCAGGGUCCAGUGGCCGGGUUUUCAUCUGUUGAACAACUCCGCUCAGGCCGCCAACUUCACGGUGACCGAAUUCAUAGCCGGAAACCUGUGGCUGCCGUCGACCGGGGUGAAAUAUUCAGCAGGAUUAGCAGUUUAAAGCAGUGAAAAGAGAGUAUAUAUAUAUAUAUAUAUAAUGACACUAUUGAGUUUGCAACUUCCAAGUCUCUAGCGUCUAGUAAAUUGAUUUCUCCAAAAGCAACGAGUCUUUCCAUGUUACCAUAUAUUUUUGGUAAAUUUUAAUGGUCCCAAGGGUCUUUGUCUUCUAUAAUUGGACCCCAUCUCAACCACAUUCAAUGCUAUCAUGUGAUUUGUUCUUUGA